AUGCCUGAGGAAUACGAUGUUGUGAUAGUCGGUGCCGGGCCCGUGGGGCUCAUGCUCUCUGCCUGUCUGGCCCGAUUGGGCCCUUACAGGAUAAAGCACAUUGACAACCGCCCUGAGCCAACUUCUAUUGGCCGCGCAGAUGGCAUCCAAGCCCGGACUUUGGAUGUGCUGAAUUCCAUGGGCUUGAAGAGGCCCAUCUGGGCAUAUAACCCGGGCCUUAUCUACGAAGUCGCCUUCUGGGGCGCAACCGCAGACAGGAAGAGCAUCCAACGCACCAGUACCAGCAAGAGCUACCCCGAGCAUGUUGACACUCGGUAUCCGUUUACCACUAUCCUUCAUCAAGGCCGCAUUGAGGGCAUAUUCCUUGAGGAUCUCAAGUCUCGUGGUGUCGAGGUACAGCGGCCAUGGACGAUUCGAGACGCGAAACAUCGUGCGCCGGGAUCUGAGUACCCCGUCGAGGUAGAGCUCACCGCGAUCGACGGCCUAUCCACGGAGACGGUCAGGGCAAAGUAUUUGUUCGGCGCGGAUGGAGCUCGCAGUGUCGUGCGUAACCUUUUGAAUAUCCCCAUGAUCCACAAGGAUCCGACGGUCCAUGUGUGGAGUGUGAUUGACGGGGUGGUGAAGUCGGAUUUCCCCGACAUGCAGAUAAAAUGCAAUAUUCGUUCUCCCCGAGGUUCAUGUAUGAUCAUUCCCCAAGGCAACAACCGAGUGCGCAUAUACGUCCAGAUCUCGCCGGAGGAAGGCCAGGACCUGUCCGUAUACGCUUCGCAGACCAAAAUUCAGGAAAUGGCCAACUACAUUCUAAGCCCGUAUCACGUCGAAUGGGAGACCGUUGAUUGGCACUCGGCCUACCAUAUCGGGCAGGGCAUAUCUGAGAGCUACUCGCUGGACAAUCGCAUCUUCAUCGGGGGCGAUGCCUGCCACACCCAUAGUCCCAAAGCCGGCCAAGGCAUGAACUAUGGUCUCUUGGACUCUCACAAUCUAGCCUGGAAGCUCCACCUCGUGGAAUCCGGCCUGAUGCGCCCGCGGCUGUUGCACACAUACGAGGAGGAGCGACGUGCUGUGGCCUCGCGCCUUAUCGAGUUUGAUGCCACCUACGCCAGUCUGUUCAGCUCGCAGAACCCCUCGCAACAGGCAGACGAAGAGUUCGUCCGCAUCUUCAAACAAAACUCCCUACUUACCAGCGGCUACGGGGUCGAGUAUCCGCCCAACAUACUGACCCAGAUUGACAAUGUUGCCGGUAUAGCUCUUCCAUCGCUGACUGGUCUUCAGCCAGGCCGCAGCUUCCCGCCAAUCAAUGUUGUACGCGUUAUCGAUGCCUGUGAGAUCCCACUAGAGCGCGAGGUACCUUUCAAUGGCAGUUUCCACGUGUACGUGUUUGCGGGUACGAAUGGCCAGCACCAACAGAAGGCCUUGUCAGACCUCGCAGGACAGCUCUCACGUCGAGAAUCGGUAUUCUCACAAACGAUGCGCAAUUCCAGAGAUCUGGAUUUGUCCUACGAUAGCCGACAUAACCCGCACUCCGCUCUAUAUACAUUUUCCAUUGUGUUCAAUGCGGUGCGUGCAACUCUCGAGAUUAGCGCUUUGCCCCAGUUCUUUCAACCCUACCGCUAUCACAUAUACUCGGAUGGUGCGCGCAGCAGAAAGUCACAUGCCGGGGGCCAGGGUGCCGCACACACAAAGUUGGGCUUCGAUCCCCGGGAAGGGGGCGUGGUCGUGGUCCGUCCCGAUGGAUAUGUUGGUUGUAUUGCGAGGUUGGUGGAGGGUGGCGCGACAGCGAAGAUGCUAGAUCAGUACUUUGCUGGUAUUGUGCCUGAAAUCCAGGCUAGUGAGCCUAUCCAAAGUAUGCUAUAG